AUGGCCGAUACCAUGAAAUGGCACCAAACGUUGUGCCCAUGGACUACACAAAGGACCCAGAUGUUAAACUACCUAUGCAGCUUAUAAUAAACAUGCCUGAGCUAAAGGAGAAUCCCUUCAAGGAAAGGAUUGUGGAAUCAUUCUCAGAAGAUGGAGAGGGGAGCCUCAGCUUCAAUGAUUUUGUGGAUAUGUUCUCUGUGCUCAGUGAAAUGGCUCCCAGAGAGCUUAAAGCAAUCUAUGCCUUUAAGAUCUAUGAUUUUAACACAGAUAACUUCAUUUGUAAAUCAGACUUGGAAAAAACCCUCAAUAAGCUGACCCGAGAAGAGCUAACAGCAGAAGAAAUCACUCUAGUUUGUGAGAAAGUGAUAGAAGAAGCUGACAUGGAUGGUGAUGGGAAACUAGGAUUCGCAGAUUUUGAAAACAUGAUUUCCAAAGCACCAGACUUCCUCAGGUAUUGUUUUAAGAAAAAAGGGUAG